AUGUCUGUACCUCUCACCAAGGUCGACUCUGCCAUCGCUGGCUUGUCCAUAGACGACAAAGCCCCCAAACCCUCCGAGAAGGAAGUCAAGAAGACGCACAAGCGCACCCCAUCCAAAUCGGGUGAAGUCUGGAACAUCAAAGACCUGGGUAAGCCUCCUUUACCCUUCCAUCCAUCCAUCCUUUCAUCAUCGCUCAUCAUCGCUCUCCAUCCAGAGGAGCAAAAGAUUGAGCUCUCGCUCCCAAUCGAGACACAAAAGACCGGGUGGAAACUCAACACCUCACCAAAUACCGUCGAGGACCGGGAUAUCCUCAAGUUACAUCUCGUCACGCCGCCAGUCAAGAAGAUUGACUUGCACUUCCCCUUGGGCCUGGAGGUCACUGCCCGGAAUUUGAAGGGUGUCACAAUCAAGGAUGCACUAGACGCCAUCCACAAGCAGUUCAAGAAGAAGGCGGACGACGAGCUGGAUAAGCCCUACCUCGCUGGCUUCGAGUGGGACAAGGAGGAGUCCUGGACACGGCUCAUUGUGCACCAGAAGAAAGAGAACACGGCAGCACAACCCACCAGCAAGAAGUCCAAAAAGAAGAACAAGGAAGAGGCAUAG